AUGUCUGCGGCGUGUUUCGCCCUCGGCCUGUGUGCUCUGUUAACCUGGGUUUUGUUGACCUGCUGUGCUGGCAUCCCUGAGGUGGUCACCAAUCUGGGGGACACUGAGACUGAGGUGUUCAGAAGAGAAGGAGAAGAUGCCAUCUUACCGUGUGGUCUGGGUUCCCCGGUGAACCUGAAGGAUGAGGUGUUUGACUGGAAGAAGGAGAAGCAGCAGGAGGUGUUCUUCUAUGUAAAGGGCAAGCAUUACAUCAACGGCAAGCGUGGACAAGACCCCCAGUUCUGGCGCAGGGUGCACCUUCUCCCAGGGGGGCUGCAGGCCGGUAACGCCUCUGUGAACCUGACCAGUGUGACCCAGGCCGACGGCGGAGUGUAUUCUUGCUACUUCCCACGUCGGAACCUGACGAGAUGGAUCCGGCUGACUGUAGUGGUGGAGCCGCGGUUGAGGCUGGAGGUGGUAGAGGCUUCCCCGUCCUCCGGCUCGGUGCGGCUGUCCUGCGUCUCCAGAGGAGGCCAGCCCCAGCCCAGCGGUCUGGAGUGGCAGACCCCCAACGGAACUGUGAUCCCUGCAGAAGAAGCACCGCCGGCCGCCUCCUCAGACAGCGACGGCCGCGACUCCAUCAGUCAGACGGUGAAGGUGACCGAGCCAGGCAGCUACACCUGUCUGGCCCGGCAGCAAGGCGUCCACCCUGCGGUCAGAGACACCAUCCGAGUGUUUGCAGGUGCUGACAUCACUGAGGUGUUCACCAGAGAGGGAGAAGAUGCCAUCCUACCGUGUGCUCUGGGUUCCCCGGUGGACCUGACAGAUGAGGCGUUUGACUUGAAGAAAGGGAAGCAGGAGGUGUUCUUCUAUAGACAGGGCAAGGACUACAACGACGGCCUGGGGGGACAAGACCCCCAUUAUGUGGGCAGGGUGCACCUUCUCCCAGGGGGGCUGCAGGCCGGUAACGCCUCUGUGGUCCUGUCCGGUGUGACCCAGGCGGACAGUGGAGUGUAUAAGUGCGUAAUUCUUGCAAAACGGACACAAAGUAACAGAGAUAUCCUGCUGACUGUAGUGGUGGAGCCGCGGUUGAGGCUGGAGGUGGUAGAGGCUUCCCCGUCCUCCGGCUCGGUGCGGCUGUCCUGCGUCUCCAGAGGAGGCCAGCCCCAGCCCAGCGGUCUGGAGUGGCAGACCCCCAACGGAACUGUGAUCCCUGCAGAAGAAGCACCGCCGGCCGCCUCCUCAGACAGCGUCGGCCGCGACUCCAUCAGUCAGACGGUGAAGGUGACCGAGCCAGGCAGCUACACCUGUCUGGCCCGGCAGCAAGGCGUCCACCCUGCGGUCAGAGACACCAUCCGAGUGUUUGGCCAUUGGUUGACCGGCGAUCGUGAAGAGGUCCUCGGGAAUGGUCCAUGGAAGGCCAUAGGUGUUUCUUUCAUUGUUCUCUUUAUUUUAUCAGUUGUAGUUAAUAUUUACCAAUUUACCAAAACUAAUAACUGUAGGAAUGGUCAUGGUCAACAAGCAGAACCUGAUUCUGAUAGUUUGGAUCAAAGCGGUGCCUAUCGGUCCUGUCCCCAUCGUGAUGCCGCUGUACAGCUGAACGUACCGUCUUUCGGUUGAGCGACAUCCACUUUUGGUCAUCUGAAGGUGUGCAGUUGUAUCGGAAACAGUUUACUUUUGAUACAACAUUUCUACGAGAGAGUAGUUAUUUAUGUUAGUUAUGGAACAUGGAAACGACCUCAAAUGGCUGUUUCGGGUUAUGUGUUCCUCGGGAGCAUCUUUUCAUGGUGCUCCACCUAGAUCACUCAGGUCCUCUGGCACUGGCCUCUUAGUUACCUAUGGCCCCCCCCCGCUCUGGAACAGCCUGCCAGAGGAGCUGAGGAUGUCACAAUCUGUGAACACAUUUAAAGGUCCCAUGGCAUGAAAAUCACUUCACUUUAUGAGGUUUUCUAACAUUAACAUGAGUUCCCCUAGCCUUCCUAUGGUCCCCCAGUAUCUAGAAAUGGCGUUUGGUGUAAAACGAGCACUAGGUAUCGUGCUCCGCCUUUGAUUGAUGAAAGCUCAGACGCUCAGAUUUUGAAUUUGGCCCCAUGUGUCUUCAUACGGGGCCAAGUUACUUCCCCUUCCUCUGCCUUGCCCGCCCAUAGAGAUCGGCCUGACAAUGGUGUGUGUGUGUGUGUGUGUGUGCGUGUGUAUGUGUGUGUGUGUGUAUGUGUGUGUGUUGCAACGCAAGUGUUGUACACUUCUUUGUUAUUUGGAUAGCCGUACUGCUGUUGGUGUUAUGGCGCAAAACCCGUCUGGUUCUCUGACGUCGUAGUGGGGGUUAUCUCAGCCAUGGUUGAGAAAGAUUUGGGGGAGAGGAACUUUGGCUUUGACUCCCUGAAGUCGCCUACAUGAACCGCGACAUGGAGAAGGGGAUUGUUGACCGCGAUUGUCUCCGGCCGGGUCCCCGCUGCCUGCGGCCCCUGCCCCCCCCCGCCGAGAGGCACCACCACUGCCGCCGCGAGGCCGCGGUGCUCCGGCAGGAGCCACACCCCCACCCUCCACCUUGACCCACCUCUAAGAAGCGGCACGCUUGUGUAAAGCCCAUUGCGGGACUGGCUCGUAGUGGCUGUAAUUCUGCACCAAGGCUGAAUUUCUUGAACGUCUUCCAGUACUGUAUUAGGGGCCCACUAACGGCUAUGUAAAACCAUAAAUUAAGUAGCAUGCCAUAGGAACUUUAAAAGAAACCUUAAAACAUAACUAGUUCGGCAUUCUCUUAUUCUAUUUUAUUCAUUUAUUUUUGUUUAUUUUCAUUGUAUUGUUAAGCACCACACAAUCUCCAGGAGCUGCUGGAGACCAUAGAGGCGGGGGAGGAUCACCCCUUAGAGGGGGGGGGCUGACUGAGUGAGAGACUGGGUACAAAGAAGUUUAUCAUGAUUAUUGAGUUGUGUUUUUCGAUUCGUUAAUUUAACUGACAGGUCGUUUGUUUGCCAUAUCUUUCUCGUUUUGUUACCAGGUUUAUGAGAUUAGGUCAAUUCAAUUAAUAAAAAAGUUUUAUCCAA